CGUUAUACUUUUUAAAUGUUCGGUUACAAACCACCGCGCCGCUAAAAUCUUAACAACUCUCAACUCUACACUUGUAAGCGACAACGCGCAUAUUUCUGUUUGUCGCUCGUGGUUUGUGUUGUGUUUGUGAGUUUGUGUUUACGUUUACAACAGUAAUAAAUUAAAAUGGCUGAUAAGGUGUCUAAAAGUGACAAAAUACCGACAUUAUACGAAUAUUUUACUGAUGGCGGAAUACAAUCGGGUUUGAAUGACAAAAAAACUCAUUUUACACUCAAUGGUAAAGAAAUAACCAUUUUUAGUGGAGCUCUGCAUUAUUUUCGCGUUCCUAGAGAUUAUUGGAAAGACAGGUUAAGAAAAUAUCGGGCAGCCGGCUUAAAUACUGUUGAAACGUAUGUUCCGUGGAACCUACAUGAGUAUGAAGAUGGCGUUUAUGAUUUCGGUAACGGUGGCAGUGAUUUUCAAGAUUUCCUUGAUCUCGAUUUGUUUAUUAAAUUAGCUAAAGAAGAAGACUUGUUCGUAAUACUUCGACCUGGUCCGUAUAUUUGUGCCGAGUGGGAUUUUGGAGGUUUGCCGUCUUGGUUAUUAAGAUACGAGGGGAUUAAGAUAAGAACCAGCGAUGCAAAGUAUGUAAACUUAGUCAAAAGGUACUUUAAAAAACUUUUGAGAAUUGUUGCUCCACUUCAGUUUACUAAAGGCGGGCCCAUAAUAGCCGUUCAAAUAGAAAAUGAAUAUGGUAACCUAGAAGACGGAUCAAAUAACAUUGACGCGAAACAUUUGGAGCAGCUAAAAGAUAUUUUACAAGAAAACGGAAUAAUUGAACUUCUUUUUACGUCCGACACUCCUUCAAAUGGAUUUGCUGGUACAGUUCCUGGAGUUCUAGCUACUGCUAACUUUCAGCAUGAACCUGAAAAAGAACUUACCCUUUUGAAAAACUUCCAACCUGAUAAGCCUUUAAUGGUUAUGGAAUACUGGACAGGGUGGUUUGACCAUUGGGCAGAGAGACAUCAUACUAGAACUGCUGAUAACUUUGGAGAGGUGCUAGAUGGUAUUUUAAACUUUGGGGCAUCAGUCAACUUUUAUAUGUUUCAUGGAGGAACUAACUGGGGAUUUUUGAAUGGAGCUAAUUUAAAAAAUAAGUCAGUUACAGCCACCGACAAUGGAAGUUUUCAACCAGAUAUUACAUCUUACGAUUACGAUGCUCCCUUAUCAGAAGCUGGUGAUUACACUGACAAAUAUUACAAGGCCAAGGAAAUCAUCGCCAAAUAUAGCAAACUAAAAAUCAAAAUACCUGCGAUGCCAGAGCUGCAUAAAAGAAUGUCGUAUGCUCCCAUAGACAUUAUCGGGGAACUGACAUUGGCAGACAUUAUAAACCAAAGUCAAGUCCAUCACAUAGAGAGACUGGUGUCGAUGGAAUUAAUUGAUGUUAAUAAUAAGUCUGGUCAAAGUUAUGGUUACAUAGUAUAUAGAGCAACUGGGAUUAAUAUUCCUAAAAAUUCUAUAUUGCAAAUAGAAGGAAGGAUAAAUGACACCGUACUGGUGUUAAUAAAUGGACAACUAAUGAACCCUACAUUGAAAUCUAAGGCAGAUUUGGACGGUUUUGGAUAUUGGAGAGCAAAAAACUCUUGCCUAAACCUAGAAAAUGAAGAAUAUAACAACGCUUCUGUAGAACUUGUAGUGGAAAAUUGGGGUAGAGUUAAUUACGGAUUCUUGGAGCAAUUUAAUCAACAUAAAGGAAUUUGUCAGGGAAAUAUAUUAAUAAAUAACGAUAUAAUUCAAUUUAAUGAAGCAGUACCCUUACAAUUUAAAAAAUCUUGUAUAACUAAACUUAAUAAUUGGCAAAAACCAAGUUUUACGAAAGGUCCAAAAUUAUAUAAAGCUAUUCUUAAUAUUGAUGAGCCCAGGGAUACAUAUAUAGACAUGAGAGAUUGGAUAAAAGGUUUUAUAAUUAUUAAUAAUUUCGUAUUGGCAAGAUAUUUGAGAUUAGGUCCACAGCAAAGUGCAUAUCUACCUGCGCCACUGCUUAAAAAGGGUCAAAACGAGAUAUUAGUGUUUGAGCAUUUUUGUCCAUCCAACACUGUUAAGUUUGUAGAAGAUCUCAUUUUUGAAGAAGCAAAAUAAUAUCAAAAAAACAUAUAUAUGUCACGAAAUAAAAAAUAAAGUUAUUAUUUGAACAUUA